AUGGCGACGACUCUCGAGCUUCCGGAGCCGUUUGCGAGCAUCCCACGCGAGGUGCUGACCUUUGGGCCGUCGCCGAUCCAGCACCUGCCCCGCAUCUCGCAGGCUCUCGGGGGCAAGGUCAACGUCUACGCCAAGCGCGAGGACUGCAACUCGGGCCUGGCCUAUGGAGGCAACAAGACACGAAAGCUUGAAUACCUCGUGGCCGAGGCGCUCUCCCAGGGAUGCGAUACGUUGGUCAGUAUCGGCGGUGUCCAGUCAAACCACACGCGUCAGGUGGCAGCGGCGGCGGCCAAGCUAGGACUCAAAGUUGCGCUGGUGCAAGAGCACUGGGUCGACUGGAGCGACGCGGGCUACGAGAAGGUUGGCAACAUCCAGCUGUCGCGGCUGAUGGGCGCCGACGUGCGGCUCGACCCGUCGACCUUUGGCAUCGAGCACAAGCCGACGCUGGCGGAGCUCAAGCAGGAGCUGGCGGCGGCCGGGGCCAAGCCGUACUACAUCCCCGCUGGGGCCUCGGACCACCCGCUGGGCGGGCUGGGGUUCGCGCGGUGGGCGUUCGAGGUGGCGGCGCAGGAGAAGGAGCUGGGCGUCUUCUUCGACACGGUCGUCGUGUGCGCCGUCACGGGGUCGACGAUGGCGGGCAUGGUGGCGGGCUUCAAGCUGGCCGAGAAGGCGCUCGGGGCGCGGCGGCGGCGCGUCGUGGGCAUCGACGCGUCGGCCAAGGUGCAGCAGACAUUUGACCAGGUGCUGCGCAUCGCAAAGUUCACGGGCGCCCGCAUCGGGCUGGCCAGCGACGACGACAUCACCGCGGCCGACAUCAUCCUCGACGACCGCUACCACGGCGGCACCUACGGCAUCCCCGACGCGCGCACCAUCGAGGCCAUCAGGUUCGGCGCCCGCACCGAGGCCUUCAUCACCGACCCCGUCUACGAGGGCAAGAGCCUAGCCGGCAUGAUGGACAUGAUCCGCAAUGGCGAGAUUGCCGACGGCAGCAACGUGCUGUACGCGCACCUCGGCGGCCAGCUGGCCCUCAACGCCUACUCGACUCUUGCAUGA